CGGGUGAAGAAAACGCGGACUGAGAUCCAGGCGCAUGUAAAUACUCCUUCCUUAGGCGAAACUCUUGAUCCACUCCCACGCUUUCCACCCCUUCACCUCCCAAACACUCGCCCAGCGCACUCACACACAGGGGAAGCUCUGCUGCACAGCUCCCGCCUCAGCAGCUCCGAGCCCGGGUGUUCAGCAGCAGGUGGACCGCCAUCACUCACUCAGUACGGCGCUCUGAGAGGGGUCUCUGAGGGUCUGAGCUCACCUGCUGCUGCUGCUGCUUUUGUUCACUCAGCUUUAGCUAGUAAAUCUAAAGGAGAAUCGACGAGGAAGGAACUUUGUUUUCUUCUAUUUGUGCGGAUCGGACAUUUUAAAGCUUCACCGGUGGAUGGUGCGGGUGCGUGCAGGCGCGCGCGCUCCCGGACGGCGCUGGCCAGCUCAGGCAUGGAGAAGUACGAGAAGAUCGGAAAGAUAGGAGAGGGAUCGUACGGGGUCGUGUUCAAGUGCAGAAACAAAGACACGGGUCAGAUCGUGGCCAUCAAGAAGUUCGUGGAGUCUGAGGAUGACCCUGUCAUCAAGAAGAUCGCGCUCAGAGAGAUCCGCAUGCUAAAGCAACUGAAGCACUGUAACCUGGUGAACUUGAUCGAGGUUUUCCGCAGGAAGAGGAAGCUGCACCUGGUGUUUGAAUACUGCGACCACACCGUCCUAAACGAGCUGGAUCGAUACCCCAGAGGAGUUCCAGAAUACCUUGUCAAAAGCAUCACGUGGCAAACUCUGCAAGCUGUGAACUUCUGCCAUAAACAAAAUUGUAUCCACAGAGAUGUGAAGCCAGAGAAUAUACUCAUCACUAAACACCAAGUCAUCAAACUCUGUGACUUUGGCUUCGCUAGAAUCCUCACGGGGCCAUGUGACUAUUACACAGACUAUGUGGCUACUAGGUGGUACCGGGCUCCAGAGCUGCUGGUGGGGGACACUCAGUAUGGGCCUCCGGUGGAUGUGUGGGCAAUAGGCUGUGUGUUUGCGGAGCUCCUCUCUGGUGCCCCCCUAUGGCCUGGCAAAUCAGAUGUAGACCAACUUUAUCUCAUCAGGAAAACCUUGGGUGAUUUGAUCCCCAGGCAUCAGCAGGUCUUCAGUAAUAACCAGUUCUUCAGUGGAGUGUGUGUUCCUGAGCCUCAGGAAAUGGAGCCUCUAGAGCAGAAGUAUCCAAACAUAUCCUACCAGGCGCUGAGUCUGAUGAAGGGUUGUCUGUGUAUGGACCCGGCUGAGAGGUUAAGCUGUGAGCAGUUGUUGGAGCACCCGUAUUUCGACAGUCAGAGGGAGGAGACGGAGAGUGCCACGCGGGAGCUGGAGCGAGCGAAGAGGCGAGCACAACGCCAACCCCGUAAACACCUUCCCCCAGGGUACUUACCUCAGCUGACUGGCAGUAGUAUCUUUCCAGUUGUGGACAACAGGAAAUACUACAACAACCUGCGCAAAUUCAACUACCAUUUUCCCAACAUCUAACUAAUAAUGAACCAAAUUCACCAAUCCACCCCUAUAAAUACUGUUUUACA